AUGAUAUGGAACGCGCAGAAAAUAUUCCGAAUCAACACACGUGCUCCGGCUGACUUGCAUCCACUAACUGUCAUUAAUGGCGUGAGAGAAUUGAGCAAAAAGUUGGUGAUCGUUAAAGGUGACGAUCGCAUAUCGAAACAGGCCCAGUAUAAUGCGACUUUGCUGCUGAACUGUCUGCUGCGCAGUACGUUGUCCACGAAACGCAUGGCAGAAGAAUUCAAGUUGAACGCAGAGGCUUUCGAGUGGCUGCUUGGCGAAAUAGAAACGCGUUUUCAACAGGCCCAGGUUCAACCUGGUGAAAUGGUAGGACCACUCGCUGCUCAGUCUCUUGGUGAACCUGCUACUCAGAUGACCUUAAACACGUUUCAUUAUGCUGGCGUGUCUGCUAAGAACGUCACGCUUGGCGUUCCGCGGUUAAAAGAAAUCAUUAACGUCAGCAAGAAGCCGAAAACGCCUAGUUUAACGGUGUUUCUUACAGGGUCAGCAUCGAGAGAUGCUGAGAAAGCGAAGGAUGUGCUUUGCCGCCUUGAGCAUACAACUCUCCGACGCGUCACUGCAAAUACGGCUAUCUACUAUGACCCUGACCCGAAAAACACGGUGAUCGCCGAGGAUCAAGAGUGGGUGAAUAUAUUCUACGAAAUGCCAGACUUCGAUCCUUCUCUUGCGUCUCCAUGGUUGUUGCGCAUCGAGCUCGAUCCCAUUGCCGACAAGAUCCAUCAAGGCUUCGGCGACGAUCUGCUUGUUAUCUACACUGAUGACAACGCAGAGAAACUCGUAUUUCGUAUUCGUAUUGCUAGCGGAACCGAAGAUAAAACCGGCGAUACGGAAGAGCAGGUGGAUAAAAUGGAGGACGACGUGUUUUUGCGAGUCAUCGAGGCAAAUCUCUUGUCAGACAUGACGCUGCAGGGUAUCGAGUCUAUAACUAAAGUGUACAUGCAUCUGCCGACGACUGACAAUAAGAAAAGGAUUGUGCUAACGCCAGACGGCGAAUUCAAAGCCAUCGCUGAAUGGCUGUUGGAAACUGAUGGUACCAGUCUACUGAAAGUUCUGAGCGAACGUGACGUUGACCCUGUUCGAACAUAUAGCAACCACAUCUGCGAGAUAUUUGAAGUACGACUGGAUUGA